AGGGCUUCUAGAUUUAGAGAGUGUGUGAGUGUGUGUGUGUGUGGAGAGAGGACUAUGUGCAUCUUGCCCUAGCUUAUUAACUGGAGGCCUGGAGCUAUAUAAUAAACAAAAAUGGGGGCUAGGGAUAAGGCCUUCUUAUUAUAAUAUUUCUAAUGGCGGCAAGCAACAUUAAUGUUAAUAACAUACAGAAACUUGGCCCUGAUACUUCGUUAUGGGCAAAAUUCAUUUCUUUAUUCUUUAAACCAAAUUUGGAUGAUCAGCGCACUGUUGAUACUACUAGUGGUAGUGUUACAAAUCCGGAAAUCUCAGCUGCCGGCCAUGUCGACGACGAUCUCGACGGAGUUGUGUUAGAUCUUGAAGCUGGUUUGCAACAAAAAGAAGCAGCUCAUGAUGAUGAUGAUGAUGAUGAUGAUGAUCAUAAUCCCAUCCAAAACCACUCCCAACCACAUGGAGUCGAAGGAGGAUCACUCAACACAGUUGCGCAGGUUUUCAAAGAACAAGAACUUGGGAAACUAAUUAUGGGCUUUGUGAUGCCGUUGACUACAGUCUUUGCGAGCGUCAAUGCUCCAAAUUCUUUGCUGUUGACAACAUUGCUAGUUUUGUCACUCAGUGUUGGGUUCGCUGCUAUUCUGAUUGGGAUUUUGGUACGCAAUACUACUACUACUUUGCAAAGGUACGCCCACAAGAUAGAGCAAUUUGGAGCCGGUUGCGUGGUUUUCGCAGUCUAUGCGUUGAUCGCCUCUUUUUUACCCCUCUACUUGCAAUGGCUUCCUUGGGGAUGUUUUCUUAUGAUUAUUCUGGUUGUUGGCCUAGCCUCCAUUUCCGUACACAAACAAAACUAAUUGAGACCAUUAUAUUAGCAAGCUAGCUAGCUAGCUAGCUACCAACCAUUAAUCAAUCAAACUUUUGUGGAUGUUUAAAUAAUAGUAUUAAUUCAUUCUAUUUAUACCAUUAGUAGAGAGGAUACACAUAUAUUAGUGUUCUCCUGUUUGUACUGAAGUUAUACAUAACUUCAGUUAAUUACAUGAAGAAAAAAUUCUUGCCUUGUUACAACUUUCCAGUCAACUUUUUUUGGUGACUUGCAUUUGUUUAAGUUCCUAUUGUCGACUUUAUCGUCGAUUUAGAAACGUGAACUAUUAAGUUGACAAAAUCUUAACAUUUUUUUUUAAAGAAUUUUAAGAUUCUUUAUGCUGCAAACGAGUACAAGGGAUCCCCGCAUUCCUAUAUUUUUUGGAGCCACCAAAGAAUGGAGAAAGCUAACCACAUCGCCUCCUCCCUAUGCACCUUAAAUCAAUAAUCCUUUCCCGUUUUCCUAUUUGGGAAUGGAAUCAGAUUAGUGGAUCUCUCCCUCGUGUCCAUAAUAAGGGUCUUUUUGAUAAAAAUUAGUACUUAAUUAUAAAUAUGUAAUACUGAAUUAAAAAUACUAAAAUCAUAAACUAGUUACGCAAUAAGCAAUAAGUUAAUUUUUACUGUUUAUAAUUUAUAACACCAUUAAUUAAAAUAUUUAUUUUUUGUUAUCAAAUAAGCUGAAAUGAAAAAAAGCUUAAUAAAAUAAUUUGACGCAUUAAGUGGUAUUAUCAAACAGGCCCUAAGUCAAUAAAAAAUAUUUAAGUAAACUUAAUUUUUCUAAUUAAUUUCUUCCCUUCUUUCUUUUUCUUUCUAUGUAUUUAUUUAUUUAUUUAUAUUCUGUAAACAAAUCGUUCUCCUCCUUCCUUUUUGGUAAACAAAUUUUUCUUAAGAUAGGAAAAGAGACAUAUGGGAUGACUCUUUUUUUUUUCCCUACAUAUAUAUACAACGCUUUGGUUCAAAGUAAUAUAGCUUUACACUCACACCAGAGUAAACUUUCUGACUCUUUUUCUCCUAUAUUAUAAUAUUAAAAUUUCGAUCAUUAUUUUUAAAAUUCUUGUGCAAAAUUUGUUGGUGCUAUACUUAAAUUUUCCCAUAAGUAAGUUAAUUACAAGCUUUUUAUACUCCCUCAAUUCAUUAGGCAUACGUUAAAGUAAGUUGCAAUUUGUUAAAUCUUACCGAAAUUGUAAAAAAGAAAAAUGCGGCAUGAUAUAAUAUUCAAUUUGUGAAAGAAGCCACACUAGUAACCGUAGGUCGAACUUGAUGUCAUUAAUAUUCACUAUCAACGAUCUGCUAUAAUUUAGUUUUAAGGUUUUAAUCCCUUCAUCCUAUCGGGAAAAAAAAAUUGUGAUAUUAGCGGCUGAAAUCAAAGCACUUCACCAUUCAUCAAACGAGAUUGAUUGAUAUAGUCUUUUAAUUUAGACAUUUAAAAUAGAGCAAACAUACAUAAGGAAAUAAUCUACUAAUCCAAAUUGUACUCCUUCGAAAAUAAUUGUCCCACUUGUAAUAUUAAAAAUUGUACAACGGAAGUAAUUCAGUAAUUCAGACAAUCAAACAAUAAUUCAGGGUUUUGAGUGGAGGCUUCAACAUUGAAACCAACUAAGAGUGACACAUAGCAUCCAUAACAUCAUAAUUAAUUAAGUUCAUGACAAAAGCAAUGACUUAAUGGUGAUAUUAGGGUCACGUUUCCUGCUUAAACUUAGAAGAAUCCAGCUAUUAACCCCUUCAGAGAUGUAAACUAAUCUGAUCUGGAA